AUGGCAAAAAACAUCACCUUCAAAGACCACGAGGCGAAACGUCUCGAGAAUGUCGACAACGAGAAAGGGUUCACGACGCCCUCAUCGUCAUCCCAAAACGAUGCGCCCUUCACAAUCGACCCCACAGUCUCGGCACGACUUCGUCAUGCAAUUGACUGGAGGCUCAUCCCUGCCCUAGGCGCCAUGUACGGCAUCUCGCUCAUGGACCGCAAGAACGUCUCGAAUGCUGCAAUCGCCGGCAUGCUGGUAGAUCUAAAGAUGGGCAGGGGGAUGGGAUACAAUCUUGUUAAUUUGUGCUUUUUUAUCACAUACGUGCUCUGCCAGCCCUUUAUGGUUAUUCUUUGCAGGAAAGUGGGUCCAAGAUACUUCCUCCCUGGAAUUUGUUUGGCUUGGGGCGCUGUCAUCGUUGGCUUCGGUUUUACCAAAACCUGGCCUAGCUUGAUCCCUUUGCGACUUGUUUUGGGCCUUCUCGAGAGUGGCUACUUUCCUGGUUGCCUGUACUUGCUGAGUUGUUGGUACACCAAAUUCGAAGUCGCGAAACGCUACAGUGUCUUCUACUUCAUUGGCAGCGUCGCAUCCGCACUCUCCGGUAUCCUGGCGUAUGGCCUGCAACAAAUGGAAGGCGUAAAUGGCAUUCGCGGCUGGCGCUGGAUCUUCAUUAUGGAAGGUGUCAUCACCUGUGGUGUUGCUCUUUUUGCGUUCUCCUUCAUCGUCAAAUUCCCCGAUCAGGAGAAGAUCAAGCCAUCGUGGGGCUUCUUGAAGACACCCGGUGACAUCGACCUCGUCAUUGACAAACUCAACGCGGACCGCGGCGACGUCGCACCCGAGCCAUUCUCCUGGAAGAAGUUUCUCGCACCCGCAACACAGUGGUACAUCUACGGUUUCGCCUUCAUCUUCUUCUGCGUCACGACGAUCGCCUAUGGCUUCGCAUUCUUCCUGCCGAUCAUCCUAAGCACGAAGCUAGAGUUCAGCGUCGCCAUGGCGCAGUGCAUGGGAGCCCCACCAUAUGCUGCAAGCGGUAUUAUGAUGUACGGUGCUGCAUGGUUCAGUGACAAGUACAAGACCCGCGGUCCCGUAGUGUGCUUUCUCUGUCUCAUCUCGUUGAUUGGUCUGCCUAUUAUGGGCUUUGUUGAGAACCCAUGGGGACAGUACGUCGGCGUGUUUAUCACAGUCAGCGGAACAAACAGCGCUAUUCCCGCCAUCAUGGCAUACCAGGCGAACAAUAUUCGUGGACAGUGGCGCAGGGCUUUCUGCUCAGCUACUUUGACUGGACUGGGUGGUAUUGGAGGUGUUGCGGGUGCGCUCAUUUUCCGCACCGAGGACGCCCCUUCCUACGUGCCGGGCUUCGUGGCGUGCAUGGUUUGCAACAUACUGGUUAUUCUAACGACGGGAAUCUUGACUUUUUACUUUAGAAGGUGUAAUGCGCAGGCGGAUAGGGGUGAGAGGGUGAUCAACGACGAUCCAACCUUCAGGUUCACCAUCUGA